AUGUGCUCCUAGUAUAUAUAUAGCUCAGUUCCAUGAAUGAGCACAUCAGAGUGCAGAGGCUGCCAGCAAGGCUGGUUACUCAUCAUCCAUUUCGCAGUUCUACGAGUAAACCCGUUAUUUCCACCCAGAGAAUAAUGGCGUCUGAUGGAAAGAGACUGAAGGGCCUUGUAGCUGCCACCUUCACGCCAAUGACUCUGAACAGUGCGGUCAAUCUCCCCAUCAUCCAACAAUAUGUAGAUUACUUGGUACAUAAGCAGAAAGUUAAGAAUAUAUUUGUCAAUGGGACAACAGGAGAAGGGAUGUCUCUCAGUGUCCAGGAGAGAAAGAGGCUUACUGAGGAGUGGGUGAAGCAUGCCAGAGGCAAGAUGGACAAUGUAGUUGUACAUGUUGGUUGUCUGAGCCUGGAGGACGCCAAAGAUUUGGCUGCUCACGCUGCUUCCUGUGGAGCUGAUGCCAUCUCUGCUGUUAGCCCUUCAUUCAUGAAACCUUCUUGUCCAGAUGCUCUAGUCAUGUACCUCAAAGAAGUGGCUGCGGCUGCACCAAGCCUCCCGUUCUAUUAUUACCACAUUCCAAGCCUCACCGGUGUAACAUUUCGGGUGAGUGAUCUGACCGGCAGGAUGAAAGCUCACAUCCCAUCAUUCCGAGGAGUGAAGUUCACAGACACCAACCUUUUUGACUUCAGUCUGUGCAUCCAUAGAUAUAAAGAACAUGACUUUCUGUACGGCGUGGACGAGCAACUUUUGGGAGGCUUGGUAUUUGGGGCUUAUGGAGCGGUGGGCAGCACAUACAACUACUUAGGUGCAACCACCAAUACAAUGCUGACUGCGUAUGAGGAAGGAGACCUAGAAAAAGCCAGGGAGAUUCAGUUCGCCAUGCAGGAGUUCAUAGCUUUUGUAUUUGCCCAGGGCUGGGGAUUACCAGAAUUUAAACACAUCAUGUCUACAGUAUCUGGAAUUGACCUUGGACCUCCAAGAGUACCGCUGGUCUCCGGUUUCAAACCAGAGCAUCCAGAAAUAAUCAGAGAAGAAAUGAAGAGGCUAAAUCUUAUAUGAAGAAGCGUUGGCACGACUUGAGUGUAUAAUGGUUGCGACCAGCAAGUCAUUUUUGCUAAAAUUGCAUACGUUCUUUACAGGCCAAACACAAAUUUUAAAACUAAUUUUCUGAAGAUAACACUUUUUAACCACCACUUACAGAAAAUGAAACUGAAGGUAUAGAAGUAAGGGCCUUGAAAGUGUCAUUUAAAAAAUAUGGUGGAAAGGAGGGAUGCAUUCCCUAUGUAAAAACCGUUCUGGAACAUCUAUCCUUAUGUCUCUAUGUUGUGCCACUCCUUUAUCAUUUCUAAUAGAAGUUAUGAAUGAAUUGCAAAAUAUACUGGAAUAAGUUUCAAAAAUGGUACCAAGGAAACUAUCUUGUCCCGCAAAAAUAAGCCCUUAUACAGCUACAUUGGUGGAAAAAUGAAUAACUUCUGACCCCUGGAAUGAGACAACAUAAAAUAACUAUUGUUUUUGCAUGAGACCUGCUAUUAUGCAAAAGAAGUAAACAAAAAAAAA